GGUAAACUUGAUCUGCUGACGUUUCACGAACAUGAGGCUACGUAGCAAAGGGACAUGAUCGUUUUGUUUAAUUUCCCAUACUUGAAGAUGCACCAAACAAACUGUGUAUUGUUGUCUAUACUGCUGAUGAUCGCCGAUGGGUCAAUUGUGCGCGGUCCCUCUGGUCCUCUGGUUGCUCCUCUGGGAUCUUCAGUGGUUUUGCCCUGUUAUGUUGAUAAACUUCUACUAAUGAAGGGUCUGGAGGUGGAAUGGAGAAGAACAGACUCAGGGACUCUGGUUCAUCUGUAUGAAGAUGGUGAGAGUCGAGCAGAGUCCCAGCAGGAGGAUUAUCAUGAUAGAGCUCAUUUCUUUAAGGAUCAGAUUCAACAUGGAAACUUCUCCCUCCGUCUGGACAAUCUGAGAGCUGAAGAUGAGGGACAAUACACAUGUAGAGUUUACAGUCAGCAGGAUUCUGGUGAGGCUGUAGUUCAAAUAAAAAUUAAUAAUUUUGAGCGUUUGCUAGUAUCAGGAUCGAGUCGCUCCAUAUCUGCGUCUGUGGGUGAGGACGUCACUCUGAACUGCUCUGUAGACUCUCACAUCACACCUGAACACAUUGAAGAGGUUUCGUGGAAGAAAACAGGUGAAGAUGAAGAUUUUCUGGUCCUGCUCUACCAAAACAAGGAGACUCAAUCAAAUUCAUCAGAUGAGCGAUACAGAGACAGAGUUGAGUUCUUCACUGCUCAAAUCCCCAAAGGAAACUUCUCUCUCAGACUGAAGAGUGUCAGAGCUGAGGAUAAAGGAGUUUACAUGUGUCAAGUGUUUGCUGGAGGACUUUCAGCCAAUGCAAAUGUAAUACUAGAGAAACUGGGUUUCUCUGUUUUACACAUAAUGGUGUUGAUUGUCUGUAUUGCUGCAUCUGGAUCUGCUCUUCUGCUCUGCUGUCUGAUUUACAGCAGACCACUGGAUAAAGACUCUACUGCAACAAAACUUGUCAAGACGCUUGGGUAUCUUCAUUUGUUUCUUCCAAAUAUAAUGAUGUUUUUGGCUUUUGUCUUCUGGGGUGUUACAGAAGGAUUUCUGUAUGAGACGAUCUGUUGCUGUGCUCUUUAUAUUCUGAGGCCUCUGAUGUUGAUUUAUGUUGCACCGUAUUUAGAGAAGAAAUCAGAAGUCUAUAUUCACUCUGAAUUUCUCAUUUUUAUGGUGGUCUAUUUUUCAGUUCUUUUGAGCCGUGCUUGGGAAAAUAUUGUACAUUAUGCAGUUUCUGAAAAAAUAUCAAUAAUAGCCAUGUUUGUAGUUGUGAUUCUGCUCAUUGUGAUCUUCAUCAUUGACUUAUUUACUGAAAACGAGGAGAUGCCAUGUCAUGGGGAGAUAUGUAAAUGGAUAUGGGAUAAAAUACCAGAUAUAGCUGCAUUCAGCAUUUUCAUUCUGCCUUCAUUACAAUUCACCCUCCUGUUCAUCGCUUUUAGAACCACUGGAGGAGGGAUUUUUGUCUCCAUUAUUUUCCCAUUGUUCUUUUUUCUGACAUUGUCCUGUCUGAAUGACAUAAACAGAGAGAAAAGCUGUUCAAAUUUGCUCAAUAUAAUAUCAUGGAUGAUCUUCAUGUUUAUUAUGAUUGCAGUAAUGCUUUAUUUUUACAUCACAGCCCUGAAAAAUGAAAAAGAUGGUGCAGGGUGGACCUGUACAGCUGUAUUUGUGCAAGUGCUGUGGAUGAUCGCAAUGUACAUUCACGUGACUGAAGAUCUGGGUAAAGUAUUAAUCAUCUAUUGCAUUUAUCUUUCAUAAGUUUUUCUAUCUCGGUUUAGGUUUAUAUACGUGUCAUGACAAAAGGACCCAAAAGCAAAGGCUGAUCAAACAAAGGUAUUUAUUAAUCUUCAAAAAAAAAAGGCAGUCUGCCGUUCACUGGCCAAAAGGGCGUACGCAGUACUGCAGGGAAAACUCAGGGGAAAAACUGCAACAAAGGAAAAAACUUUAAGAGAAGACAGUCCCGGGGAGCAGGGCGAGGGGCGACAACCUAGACUGUGCAGACAGGUCCGGAGAGCAGUGUCCGGAGUGCCCGCGGCGGGCAACUGGAUGGCUGGACAAAAUACUGAUAAAUAGCUUGACAAGACACGACUGACACUAGACACGAACAGAUAAGACUUGAUCUAGAGCAGAGCUUCAGAUAUACAGACAAAUCGGUAGCAGAGCACAAUAAUCUGGCGAAAAGCCUAGGAACAUGCGGAGAGAAACAUGCAGGGAAAUCAGCGCAAAAAGAGAACAGGUUUGUUGUUACCGCGAACAGCUGAGUCUAGAAUAGGAGCGCAAGACAAAAGGUGUGUUCGACUUCAUCUACGGCUACAGACGGCGAUCAACGAGAGUAGCCGAGAGCAGUCGCGGGCGGAGUUGAAAACGGAGCUGUCAAGUCGGACACUUUCUGCUCUCGUUAGUGACGCUCUCGCGGUG